CCAGUGGCACAAAAUGAGAAACGCUCCAGUUGUACUUUUGUUCGUCGCUAGCCUCAGCAAACUGACAAUCGCGAACAGCGAUGAGCUGUUGCGUGGAAAGGAAAACUGUCUCCGGCACGACGAUUUCCCUAGCCCCAACGAGUGUUGUGCGAAACCCGCCUGGAUCAAUCGUUACGCCGUUCGCCGGUGCGUGUUUGUGCACGCGGAAGUCGACAGCAUCCGUUAUCAGCGGGGAUCGUGUGCUGCAAAGUGUGGUCUGUACAAGAUCAACAUGACGAUGACGGAGCGUAUCGAGCGAGUGCGCAUCUUUCGGCCACGUUUGGAGACACGUGGAGUGGAUGCUUCGUGGACACAGGUUCUGAUGGAGGCCCUGCGCACGUGUAAACCUCGCAUCACCCAACUACAGGGCCGUCUGGUGCGUACCGAUGAAGAGAUGGAACAGUGUGAGGUGGCGGAAGAUAUCUUUGGCGAUUGCGUCCACGCUCAGAUGUUCAUACAUUGUCCAAGAGCAUCCUGGAUACCAUCGGCCUCUUGUAAUGCCAUGCAGGAGCUGUUGUCCACUGGAUGCCCCUACAAGACGCUGGGCGAGGUCGUAGUACUAGACGAUGAGGGUCAUGUGCGCGAUGAGCGACCAUACGUUGAUGAUGAUUACGAUCGAGCAUAUCGAGGUGGUCGCGGUGGAGAUCGUAGUCCACGGCUCGAUGAUUACGAUGACAACGAUCGUGAUGAUCGCUACGGAACCAGGCAAGGUUCAUCCGAUUACCCGAGACGAACGGAGACGGGGCACCGUAGUUCCGCGGACGGAUACAUCGUCUAGAUUCCAAUAAAUCCCAAUCGAACUCCACCAAUUUCUUUUAUUUUUUUCAUUUAUUUGUCUCAAUCUGUCUGUCGAUCGUUUGUUGUUGUGUAGUUUUUAAAUUAGCUGCAAGUUGACUCCCACCGCUCU